AUGACGACCUUCGACGUAUUCUGCCUGCUGCAAAUCAUCGAUAUGCGCGAGGCCGAGCUUGAGGCUGCCGAGGCCGCGAAGCAAGCCAUCUCGAAGUCGCAGCUACAGUUGCAGUCGCAGUCGCAAAUUGCGCCUACCAUUCAGUCCCGGUUGACUAAUUCGCUCUUCACUCCAGGUGACUCUGCGAAGGGCGCCAAGCUUUUCCAGACCCGCUGCGCUCAGUGCCACACUGUCGAGGCCAGCGGUGCCCACAAGGUCGGCCCCAAGCUGCACGGUCUGUUCGGCCGCAAGACUGGCUCUGAGGAGGGCUAUGCCUACACCGAUGCCAACAAGCAGGCUGGUGUGACCUGGAACGAGGACACUCUGUUCACCUACCUCGAGAACCCCAAGAAGUUCAUCCCCGGUACCAAGAUGGCCUUCGGCGGUCUCAAGAAGAACAAGGAGCGCAACGACCUCAUCACCUACCUCAAGGAGGCCACCGCUUAA